AUGGCCCGUCAGCGCAUCGCGCAACCUACGGGCGGUUGGACAACACAAAGUGCUCCAAAAGCAUGGAAGAUGUCGCUUUCUCCAAGCGAGUCCACUGCGGAGACGAUUCCAGGCGACCCAACACAGAUCGACUUCGAUGCGGCUGAGAACGAAUUGGCAAUGCUU